CAUCAAGUUUUUACUCGAAUUGGAUGCAGGUCAACUACGCGCGGCUGAGAGACUGAGAAAGACGAAGACAAAGAAGAGGAAGGAGAAUGGCGCUCGCGACGUUCGCCCGAGUUCUGCGUCUCAUUGACUCAUCGGAAGCCUCUAUCCCGCCAUCGAGGACCCGGCCGGCGUUCCUCUCGGAUCUGAGCAAACACAUGGCGGCUCUGAAGCAGAACCUGACGCGCAUUCAGGUCGCCAUCCGCGGUGCGGAGGAGCGUCAGGCGAGCGACCCUUCGGCCAAGCUUUGGCUUACGGAGAUCACUUCCUUGGCCUACGACGCCGAGGACGUCCUGCUGGACUUCGACGAUCUGCUCCCCCGCCCCCAGAUCCGCUCCGCCCUCAACCACUCCGACAGCGGACUCCUUCUCAAUUCGUUUUCCUCCCUGGCCUCUAUUAGCCAGAGGAUAAAGGAACUGGGAGAGAGAUUAGUGGAGCUGCAUGGGAAAAGUGAAGCCCUUCAACUGGGAGAGCAAGGCGGCGCGGAGGGAUCUGCUGAUGCCCGGCGCUUGCGGCCCACCGGUAGCCUCAUGGACGGGGAAUCCCCUAUAUUUGGAAGGGAAAAAGACAAAGAAAACAUUUUAGAACUCCUGCGGCCAUCGGGGGAUGAAGGGUCCAUUCCCAACAAGCUAUUGGUGCUCCCCAUCGUUGGAAUGGGGGGCUUGGGGAAGACGACGCUUGCCCAGCAGGUAUACGCUGAUGACCAAAUUAAGUAUUUUUUUGAUCUGAGGAUAUGGAUCCAUGUAUCCCAAGACUUCAAUUUGUUCAAUCUGACCAAGGCAAUGGUGGAAAGUGUCACCGGGAAUCCCUGUUUCCUCUCGGAGUUGCAUUCUCUCCAGUCCGAAUUGGGGAAGAUACUGGAAGGGAAGCGCUUCUUUCUCGUGUUGGAUGAUGUGUGGGACGAGAGUAGUAGCCAUUGGGAGAGCCUGCAAGUGCCAUUGCUUUCUGCAAACUUGGACAGUAAGGUUCUAUUGACUACUAGGAGUCAUGGCGUCGCGAGGUCAAUUGGCACAAUGCCCUCCUUCAAUUUAGACCCUCUCAAAGAUGAUGACGCUUGGUUAUUGUUCUCUGAAAAUGCAUUCCAUGGCCGAGAACCAGGCGAACGCCUAGUCACAAUUGGCAAGAAGAUCGUCAAGGAGUGCAAUGGUGUACCUCUUACAUUGAAAGCCCUUGGAUUGCAUCUAUGCAAUGAAGAACGUGAAGAUAAAUGGUCUGCGAUCUUGGAGAGUAAUAUCUGGCAUCUCAGUGGCUCUCAAGAAACCAUCUUGCCAAUCCUCAUGCUGAGUUAUCUACAAUUACCGGCACCAGUUAAACAAUGCUUUGCAUACUGUUCAUUGUUUGGCAAAGGGCAUCUCUUUUUGAGGCACAAAAUUGUCCGACAUUGGAUUGCACAAGGUUUUGUUGAGACAGAUGGAGAAAGGAAGGCCGAGGAUGUUGGCAGUGAAUACUUUUACAUUCUGCUCGCACGGUCAUUCUUCCAGCAGUGUGCAAGAAAUAAGUAUUUCAUCAUGCAUGAUCUUAUCCAUGAUCUUGCAGAGUAUGUUUCUGGUGCUGAGUGCUUUAAGAUAGAUGUUCUUCAAGAUGAAGAUGGCAGUAGGAUGAAUGUAGAAAGGGCAUACAAUUUUCCUGAAGGGGUUCGUCAUACUUCAUUAACUUUUCAUUCUACUUCCACUGAAACAGACUUACAGCCCCUUUUAGAAGCUAAUUCCUUGAGGACCUUGAUGGUGAACUGUACUUCAUGGCCUCCAAUGCCUCAUCCUCAUGCUAACGUCCUGAAUGAUUUGUUUGUCAAACUGAGAUAUCUACGUGUUUUGUUGUUGGAUUAUACUUUUGCUCCUGCUCCCAGGCUUCCUGAUUCUAUCAGCAACCUAAAAUAUCUCCACUACCUUAGAAUCGGACGCUUGAGUUUUCAAGGCCAAGGCUUCCCUGAAUCAGUCUGUUCUCUCAGGAACCUCCAGACAUUAGAGUGGUACAGUGACGAAAGCAUUGAGCUACCCCGGGGUAUAUCAAACUUGAUUAACCUAAGGCAUCUUCAUAGCGAAACUUAUUAUGCAUCAUUCCCAGAGGGAAUUGGAAGGUUAACCAAACUACAAGAAUUACCAGACUUUCACACGUCCAAGGAGCAUGGGCGCGCUCGGAUUGCAGAACUGAAGGACCUAGUGAAUCUCCAAGGAGAACUGAAGCUGUUGAAUUUGGAGAAUGUUAUUGAUGUGGAAGACUCAAGGACAGCCGAUUUGAAAGGCAAGCCGGGUCUUACUGCUCUGGAGCUGGAUUGGGGUAAACAUAAUAGAUCUCCCCAAAAUGCUCCUUUGGUCCUCCAGUAUCUCCAGCCUCACACUAAUAUCCAGGAACUAAGGAUUGCCAACUAUAAGCAUGGUCAAUUAUCAGAGUGGAUCUGUCAUCCUUCUUACUCCAAAUUAGUCACCAUUAAAAUUCAAUAUUGUUUUCUUUCGACUGUACCAGCAUUUGGACAAUUAUUAUCACUUGAGCAUCUAUCUUUGGUAAGUAUCAAAGGCUUGGAAUAUAUUGGCCCUGUAUUUUUUCAUGGGGGAUUUCCAUCACUUAAGAAGCUUCGACUAAGUGCAAUUUACAAAAUGGUGGAAUGGUCUGGUGCUGAACAUGGUCAUUUCCCUCAUCUAAAUGAACUUACAGUUACUUCUUGUCCGUCUUUGAGGUGCCUUCCAAUAGACAACUUUACUUCUCUGAAAAGACUUCACAUCUCACACUGUUCCAACCUCCAAACGUUGUAUUCUGAGAAUUCCCCUCUUGUGGGCAUCCAACAACAUUGUUCCCUUAAGAAUCUUGAGGUCAUUCAAUGUCCCAAGCUCAAAUUCUUGCCGGAGUACCAAGUACCAGAAAGCCUUCAAUUGCUUGAUAUCACCAAAUCUACCUUACUGAUAAACUGGUACCGCAGAAUUGCUGGCAAGUUGACCCAUGUCAAAAAUCUACUAGGAGUUGAUUUGAAAGAAGUGAAGCUCGAUGAUAUCUUUAGUGUCGAAGAGGCAAGAAAUGCUUGCUUGACUAAACAACGCAUAUACAUGUUGCAUUUGGAGUGGGAAACAUCUUCUCUCAGAUCCGUAGAUGAUACAAAUUGCGAGGCUGAUGAAGUUCUUGAGUACCUUCAACCUAAUGUUAGCCUGAACAAGCUAGUUAUAAGAGGUUAUAGAGGCUUGAAAUUAGCUGAAUGGCUUUGCAGCCCUCUAUACUCUAAUCUAAUAAGCAUAAAGCUAGACUUGUGCCCCAACUGCAAAUUUCUUCCUGCUCUAGGUCAAUUGCCAUAUCUCAUGGAACUUCACUUAGAGAGAUUGAAUGGCAUAACAUCCAUCGACCUUUCAUUUUAUGGAAACGGUUCACAGAAGGGUUUUCAAUCUCUGAGAAGGCUACAAUUGAUGAGCAUGGCAGGUCUGGAGGAAUGGAAGGGAGCAUCAGAUGGUGGAUUUCCUAUCCUAAGACAGCUUAUCGUACAAGAUUGUAUGAAGCUGAGGGGCUUGCCAUGUCUUUCACCCUCUGUUCAGGAAAUAAAAGUUGAAGAUUGUCCUGCAUUGACCUUGGAGCUGCCUUCCUCACUUGCUGCACUUCUUAGCUUGCAUGUCUCUAAUGUUGCAGCGAUGGACGAACUAUGCAACCUCUCUUACCUGUCAGUGCUGGCUGUAGAAAAUUGCUCGGGUUGCAGACUCAUUGAACUUCCAUCCUUGCGAUCUCUGAUGAUAAAUGGAUGGAGCGAGAGGAUGCUGCUGGAUUCACUACCAGGGCUAACUGCUCUCACCACUUUGAAGAUUUCCUGCCUUGAAAACUUGGAAGCUCUUCCACUGCACAACUUUAGGAUACUCGAAGAACUUGUUGUUUCGGAUUGUCCGAAGCUCGUAUCUAUUGAGUGUUCCUCGACUUCAACAUAUGAGCCUUACUAUGUUGAAGGUCUACAAUCUCUUUCAGCCUUGAAGUGCAUGGUCCUUAGUGGUUGCCCAGAGCUCCAUUUCUCUGCUAGUGAACAAUUGCCUGCUUCGCUUCAAUCUUUAACAAUUUCGAGAUGUCCCACACUAAGAAUAUGGUAUGAAAGAUAUUCUAGCAAAUUCAGAACGAGCGUCGUUCAAUUUGCUGAUUAGCAUUCCCAGAUCAAGAAAAAAUGAUUAUUAAUUAGGUUGGGUAAUGUUGUGCCUGGAUGACCGGUCCGGUCUCACGAAAGUUUUCCAUCGGUCAUCAGGAUAAAUUGGAAAGCACUCACAGCGGGCAAUCCAAGAGUCCAGCAUCCUUUAGUUGUGCGCCCAAUUUGGAGGAAAAAUUCCUACAAAUUCAUCAUAACUGAGACUUGAACUACGAGUGUUUGGGUGAUAACAUGAAUGUUCUACCACUACAUCAUAGCCCCGGAGGCAGCAUUCCAAGAUCAAGGAAACUACAGUGGAUAGCUUUCAUUACUGAUUUAUCUUUCUGAAGUUAAUAUACUGCAAUCGAAUAAUAAUCUGAUACUUUUCAUUAUGCUGAUUGCUGAUCAGUCUAAUAGUAAGAUCCUUAACUCUAAUUAUUGCUUCUUUAAUUUGUUCUGUCAGGCUUUCUUCCAAUUUUGGGAUCUGAAAACUUUGGAAUAGAACGUGAGGAAUCCUUUGAAUGUUAUAUUCAAUUGGACAACAGUUAACCUUAGUCCCUUCAAUUAAUCUGCUCAUUUAAUGUCUGUGUAUCUGCAUUGUAAUUUGAUUCUUAUGAAUGAACAUAACGUUAUUU